AUGAGUAUUCCAGAUCUCCUCACCCACGAGGGCCCCACUGUUAGGAGACAAUCAUGGCACUUUCUUGACCCACCAAUCGAAAACAAGUGGAGGAAAAAUCAAGAGGCUUUUGGAGGAUUUGAAGAAGGGAAAAAUAGCAGAUUCACCAGGACACUGCCAAAUGUGACAGCUACACACCAAUGGAACUUGAGAGUGAGAAGGUGCUUGACAUACAAACAGAACAGAGCAAUGAGGGUAUGCCCCAUUCACAUCACAUGCAGGAAUGACCUGGCUCCCAGUCGUCCCGAGCACCAGCUAACCAACUCCACAAAUCUGAGACUCCUGUGGAAUUGGACACCCCGACUCGUGGGCUGCACCCCUGCCUGGGAGCUGCCUCAGUCCUCGUUCUGCUGCCCCAGUCCCGCCCUGCGCCCUGAGAAAAUUAUGAGCAGAGUUUUCACCGCCCAUUUUACCUCCAUUAAUAUACAGCCAAAACCGGGGGUCCGAGCCAUCCAGUAUUUUGAGAAAGAGCGUGACUAUGACUCGGAGGAUGAAGAGUACACCCAUGUCCGGGUUGUAGGCUAG